AUGUUAUGGAACCAUAUGAAGGAAAAGGGUUUUAAAUUCCUUUUAACUAACAGGAUAAAUCAAGAUUGUCUUGAAAAUUUUUUUAGUGUACUACGAAGUUCAGGGGGAAAUAAUGACACUCCAAGUUCAUAUAAAAUUAAAACCUUAAUAAAAAAUGCUCUGUGUAACAAUCUCAUGAAAAAUAAUGUUAAAGGAAACUGCAUAGAUGAUAACACCCCAAUACUGCAAUAUUUGAAGAUCUGUGACUUAGAAACUAAACUUAAUAAAAGUGAUUUUGAAAAUAAAGAUACUGUUAAUUUAGAUUGCCCUGCGAAAGAUGAGGAACAGGUCCAAGAAUUUUUUGAAAAUCUUUUAGAAGGUCCAGUUGAUAAUUCACCAGUAGAUUUGAUAAUUGAUGAACCUGAAGAUGAUGAAUCCCUUAAAGUAAUUCAGGAAUUUGUUUCAAGCUUCAACCCAAAUAAUGAUGAUAAUGUUGCGACAGAACCAGUAGUGACAAAAUCUAUUCAAGAUUUCAUUUGUAAUUUUGAUCCCUUUGCUCCUGACAAUAGUAGUGACACACCUAAAGACAAUAUAUCUGAUUAUAGGCACAAUUUGAUAGAGAAAAAUGCAGUAACUUACAUAGCAGGAUAUGUAUGCCAUAAACUUCUCAAACAUCACAAGUGUGAUGCAUGUAAAUCAGUACUUAUCUGUGAAGAUGGAGAAGAUUUUGAUUCAAAUAAUUUGACCUUGUUUCUGGGAAAUAAAGAUAUGGAAAAAAGAAGAUGGCUAUGGUAUCCAAGUACUAUUAUAACUAACAUUAUUAAUGAUUAUGAAUCUGCAUUUCAAAGUAAUAUUGUAGAGUUAAUAAUAAAAGACAAUGUAAAACAUAAUUUAACUCAAGUUAUUAAACAGAUUAAUGUAGAUAACCUCAACGUUUGUGAUGGUGUUGUAGAUAAAGUGAUAGACAUAUUUUUAAAAAUGCGUAUAUAUUAUUAUGUUAAAUUUCUCAACAGAACAUUAAGGAAAAGAAAACAUAGUGGUGGUAAUUACUCAGGUCCCCGUAAAAAUAGAAAACUAACAAAGAUUUCACAUAUUUGAUAUAAUUUGACUAAAGUUCAUGUUAUAGAAUAGUCUAUGCAAUGUAAUUUUUUUUUUUUUUUUUUUUGGUCAUAAAGAUAUUAAAAUAAUAUAUUUCUCAGGAGCUGACAUAUUUGGCGUUAGGAACAUGUUUAGUGGUAUGUAUUAUAUUUAACUUUUAUUUAACUUGUAAGUGCAUGAAUAUUUCAGCAUGUUUGCAUACCUGAGUAGCAUUACAGGCGUAUACUGCUUCAGCAUCUUAUUUUGUUAGAGUGUUCCUUGUCUUCUUAUUUUUUCUAUUUCCUAAAUAUAGACUAACAUUUUACAGUAUUGAUAUAAUGUACUUGUUUGUAUUUGUAUUUUCAUGUACAUUCAAUGUGUGUUUACUAUCUGUGCUUUCUAUGUUUGCAUGCUUGCUUUGUCUUAUGUUUGCACUAUGUAUUUAAUUCUUGAAGAAAACCCUUUUUUUAGUAUUAUGUUUUCUCAUUUUUAUGAUUAUAGAGUUUAUUUACAUGUAAUUCAUCAUGCAAUUUUGGAGUGCUUGUAUGUUAUUUUUUUUUUACAAUUUUUAUAUGUGCAAUAUUAUUUACUGAGUUAUUUUUUUCUUAUUUAUGUAUAAUUUAUUAAAGUUCAUUUGCAUGUGAUUUAUCUUGCAUUUUUGGUGUGCUUGUAUGCUACCUUGUUUCUGUUUCCAACCCCCUUUUGAUUAUUUUUGUGUGAUACAAUUUAGUCAGUUAUUUUGUUCCUUUUGUUUGUAUAUUUAUGCAUUUAUUAGUUUAUAUUACUAAAGAGUAUACAUGAGUGCAUUAUGCAUUUCCGUUUCAAUAAAAAAAUAAAUUACAAUUGUGUUUUAUAUACACCUAA